AUGUGGCAGCAGCCCACACAUCCCCAGCACACGUCGACAUCAACGUCGCCGCCCCCAUCUCAGUAUAACUGGUUUGCCCUGCAAAAGACAGACCAAGAUCAAUCGCCUACCGAGGAUAUUAGCAGUAGCUGUUUCCACUACACCACAAGCACUAGCCAGGACCAACGCGUGUACGUCUAUCCGCCUACGUACUCCUCAAUACCUGCGUCAACGCCUCCCUAUGUGUGGACAAAUGAGUCUCACUCGCCGCCACCACCAGCUCGAACCUUCCAGUUCCUGCAUCCGUCAACGUAUCCGCAGCCUCUCUAUUCCGCCGACAUUCAAGCUCAAGAGAUCCAAUUGCGGAUCGACCAACAGCCACACGUACAGACAGCUCUCCGUCGUAGCCAGCAGAUCGCAAUUGGCCGAUGGAACAAUGACGAGCACGAGUGGUUCCUAAAGGGACUCGAAAUGUUCCAAAGACCAGCAUGGGGUGAGAUUGCCCAACUCAUUGGUACACGAACGUCGACUCAAGUGCGAACACAUGCCCAAAAGUUUUUCACAAAGCUGGCAAAGUUCAAUCAGACGAUGCCCUACUUCGAGGUACAGAUCCAGAGGGAGCGAGCUCGACUCGUGGCGCAAGGGGCCAGCGUCACUCCCACUGCUCAGAGCUCAUCCCGUACUUCCAUAUCUACUACCACUCUAUCGCCUCGCAAGCACCUGGUCAAUAACAUGCCUCAACAGUCUCUGAAAGGGUUCAAGAAGGAGAAGUCUCCGACGUACAAAGCUACCGUCCAAACUCAAUACUCACAAAACAGCUACAAUGUCAAGCCACGAGUGUAUACUGACAGUAUAAUGGGGCAUUCAUCAAUAGCGUCUCCCUCGGUGGCCAAAGAGUGGACACAGAAAUGGACAACGGAUGACGCCAGACAAUGGCCACGGACAUCUCCCACAUCCAAAGUCGCACCUUCAUUUCAGCUGACGCAAAUGCACAUGGGCAAUAGCAGACAGCAAAACACUCUACCAUCAAACAACGCAGAGCCCGAUGUCGAUUCAUUACCGCCCAUGAACAAACUGCUGUACCGCAGCAGCACCUCCUAA